AUGAUUGUCAUUACCUUGGCGGUAUUAGGGGCAAUCUACCUCGUCUACAGAGCGAUUUGUCCAAAACCAAUUCCAGGAAUUCCCUAUAAUGCCUCCGCGAUUCGCUCGCCGCUUGGCGAUGUCCCUGGUAUGAUACGAGACAUAACAUCGACGCCAGGCCUUUACUUCAACGAUUGGUGCGCCAAGCAGUCUCAGAAACUGAACUCGCCAUUAUGUCAAGUCUUCUUAACACCCUUUUCCAAGCCUAUACUUCUACUGGCAGAUUAUGAUGAGGCUCUGGACAUUGGGUCCCGCCGUACGGAUGAUUUCGACCGUGGCACUUUCAUGGCGGACAGCUUUGCAGCGUUUGGAAACUUCCACACGCGUAUGCCUACCGGCCCGGAGUUCAAAGCAAGCCGUCGCUGGCUUCAAGACUUGAUGGCCCCGAGCUUUCUGAAUGGCUUUGUGGCGCCAACCACCUAUGCCUUGGUAUCACGAUUGGUGGAGUUAUGGCGAACCAAGGCCCGUCUGGCUGGAGACAAGCCCUUCAGCGCCGGCACGGAUCUCGAUCGUGCCAACUUCGACAUAAUGGCACGUUUCUUCUUUGGGGAGCAUUUUGGACGCUCGUCAAUAGACGCGCAAAUCGAACUUUUAUCCGACGAGAAAGCUCCAGAAGUUGGGCCGCGUGGAGAAGCAGUCUUUCCAGAGGGCGCCAUCGAUUCAGUAUUCUAUACGCUUCAUGAUGCGGGACGAACAGUGACACAGAUGAUGACCUCUUUGUGGCCAAAACUGACUCUGCACUGGAUCCCUUGGACUGCUGGGUAUAGGAGAAUCCAGGCGACGAAAAGGCAAUUAACCCGCGAUCAAGUCCAAAAGUCCAUAAAGCGAGUUCGCGCGGGCGAGAAAUCAGCUGGGAUUGAUUACAUGCUAUCACGAGAACUGGCUGUCGCUGAGCAGGAAGGCCGAGAACCUGAUUUUUACAAUGACAUGAUUAUGGCUGAGUUCCUUGGUAUUGCUUAUGCAGGCAUGGAUACCACAGAAGCCAACAUCUCCUGGGCGUUGAAGUUCGUCAUAAAGCACCCUAAAGUCCAAGAAAACCUACGCCACGCUCUUCACUCUGCUUAUCCCUUAGCCGUCCAGGAGAAUCGACUUCCAACUGUGGCCGAAUUUCUCCGCUCCACAAGUAUCCCGUAUCUUGAUGCUUUAAUAGAAGAAACAAUCCGCCUCCACCCUGUUCUUUCUACGAGGGACGCAAUCCGUGAUACGGAAAUCCUUGGCCAUCACGUCCCCAAGGGCACUACAGUUUUCCUUCUCCCCAACGGACCCAGUUUCUUGUCGCCCCCCUUUCCCAUAGCUGAGAACAAAAGAAGCUCUACCACCCGUGUAGUAAAGCCUUCAAAGAAGUGGAAUGAGACGGACAUGGCAUCAUUCAAUCCUGAGCGCUGGCUAGUCCGUAACGCGCAGCGUGAUGUCGAAUUUGACUCAACUGCAGGGCCACAGUCAGGAUUCGGCCAUGGGCCGAGGGCCUGCUGGGGUAAGCGAGAGGCUUAUCUAAGGAUGAGGAUUGCCCUGACAUUGCUUGUAUGGAGCUUUGACUUCCUGGAGGUGCCCGAAUCGAUGAGUAGCAUGGUAGCACGUCCUGUUUUCGUUCACACGCCGGAAGAGAUUUUCAUUCGGCCAAGACCCCGAGUGUAA